GCGCCUCUGGUCCUCCCACGCCUUCCGCGGCCUAGUCCUCUCCCACCGGCACUUCUUUGACUCGAUCCCCGAUCUAAGCCUCCUCCGCAACCACUCCAAGGUCCUCUAGGUCUCCGCCGGAACCGGCCACGAGGUCAUGGUGCUGUCCGAGUCGGGCGUUGCCGAUGUCACCGGGGUUGACUCGCCACCUCUGGUAAGCCGCGUUGGUCUGCACAAUUUGCGCAUCUUCGAUGGGGUUUACGAUUUGGCGUUGAGUGAGCAUUUGGAGGAGGCUCUGUUCCUAUCACGGUUCGCAGCGGAGAUGGAGAUGACAACGAGAGUCGGCGGGGCUUGUGUGGUGGUCGUUGAGGAGUGCAGUCACGUGAAGGUGGAGGAGAUUGUGGGUUUGUUUAGGAAGUCAAGAUUUGUGGGUGUUGUUAAUGUUACUUUGAUUGGAUUGAAGAUGGCUAAAAGCAUUUUGUAAAUGGGGUAAAGCUGAUUGCUCUCUUUUACUGUAAUCUUC